AUGUCCUGUAUCAGCUUUACUGAAACGCAGAGUCCGGGACUAUGGCUUCCUCGAAGCAUCAACACCAUCUUCAAAUGGAUCAGCCAAAAGGUCCAGCAAACUGCAGCCCAAGACCUGCCCAUGAACCCAAAUGUCCAAGCCUUCUCCGACUUUGUCAACGCCGAUGAGAAGUUGAGCAUCCUUGCAGAACAGAUGUUUGCCGAAGUUCCUCUCGGUUACCAUCAUGGCACAGAUCCAAUCGGAAACCCCCAGAUUCGUGACUUUGCAACCUUCAUUGCGGUCCUGAACCGCAUCAUCGUCACGGGUCCCGAGUUCUUUGAAGUGAAUGAUUCUGAUGCGAUGGGAUUGAUUGGCUUUCCUAUUAACGCAGUGCUCAAUUGGCCUAUGGGUACCAAUUCAGGACUGAUCUUUUGGUACCUCCCCUCGGUGAACCAGAAGUUCCAACCCAUUCUCCAAGACUAUGAGGCGUUUCUUGCUUCACCUGCCUCGAAAGCAGUUCUCAAGGCGCCAAAUGGGUGGGUGGGACUCAGAGCUCAGAGCCUACUUGCCAGUAGCGCUAUCCUCGAUGGGCCGGAUCGCAGGUUCACGGAUAUCUACCGUUGCCCCAAUCCCGAUGAUCCCCUGUACCUUGGGUUCGAGUCUUGGGACCAAUUCUUCACUAAGAAAUUCAAGCCAGGCGUCCGUCCUGUGGCACAGCCAAACAACACCUCCAUACUGAACAACUCCUGCGAGUCGACUCCACUGCAGUACAAACAGAAUGUCAAAGCCAGCGACGUCUUCAUGCUCAAGGAUCAGCCGUAUUCUCUUGAGAAUAUGUUCAACUUCAAUCAACUCUACGUGGAGCAUUUCAAGGGUGGAUCUGUCUACCAAGCAUUCCUCAGCGCUCUGAGUUACCAUCGUUGGAGCUCACCGGUAAAUGGCAAGGUGUUUGGCAUUGUGAACGUUCCUGGAACGUAUUACAGUCAAAGUCCAUCUCAGGGUUUCCCAAACCCCGAUCCAUGUGCGACACUAGACUCACAGCCGUAUCUAUCGUCUGUAGCCACACGGGGCAUCAUCUACAUUCAAGCUGAAGGUCCUAUUGGUCUUAUGGCCAUUGUGUAUAUUGGGAUGGCUGAGGUUUCGAGCUGUGAAUUCACGGUUGCUAAGGGUCAGACGAUUUCGAAGGGAGAUGAACUUGGCAUGUUCCAUUUUGGAGGGAGUAGCUACUGCAUGGUUUUUGGACCUGACGUGAAGCUGGUAUUCAAUCAGCCUCCGGGUGAGCCAGAGGAGGAUGGCACAUGGGAUUGGAGUACGAAGAAUAAUCUUGCACUCAACAGCGCAUUGGCUGCUGUGGAAUAUUCCCAUCUUAACACCGGCUAA